AUUAUUUUAAGCUGGAAGCAUUCCUCAGAUCGUUUUCAAGUAUCUGGCAAAGAGGAUUGAGGACCAUGGAGAUCACGGAAAGACCUCAAACCAGAAUGAGACGGGAGAUCAGUUGGCAUUGGUUAGAAGUGGAGCAGUACGCCUUGAAGAUGUUUGUAUGGUGUGUUUUGAUGAAACGGCCGAUGUGGACAUUCAACACCCAGCUUUUAAAGGUGGACUAUGCAUGAACUGUAAGGAUGCGCUGGUGGAGACAUUGUUUUCUGUAGGAGAGGAUGGUAUUCAGGUAUAUUGCAGCAUUUGUGGUGAUGGAGGGCAAGUUAUCGUGUGUUGUAGCCCAACAUGCGCAAGGGUGUACUGUGAGCCUUGCAUCAAGACGCUGGUUGGAGAGAGAAUGUUACAAAAAAUUCAUGCCAAUGAUGAUUGGUUGUGCUUCAUGUGCGCUCCAUACUCCCGAUCCACCCAUGGGCUCCUGGAGGGGAAAAGAAACUGGGAAGAGAAUGUCGACCAUCUUUGUUCUCCUGUUUACAAUGGCCAUGUGAGAAUAUAUAUGGAGAAGCCAUUGAACGUAAUGAGGAAGCCCCUACGGGUGUUAUCAUUGUGUGACCGGAUCGCAACAGACAAAGCUUGUAGUUUUAUAAAAUCCAGUAAAAUUAUUCAAGCAGGGCUGGUGUAUGAGAUGGCACAGUGGCUGCGUUUACUGAUGCCCUCAGAACCAAAGCUGCGGAUGCUGGUCUUAGACAAGUUGGGAUUUGAAGUUGAGGAGUAUUUUGCCUGCGAGAUUGAUCCUGCGUCCAUGGCUAUUGGAGCAAGGAACUAUGGCGACAGCCUCACCCAGCUUGGUGACAUGCAAGACUUGCAUACUGACAAGCUGCGCUCCCUGAAGCGUAUAGAUCUUGUGCUGGGCUGUCCCCCCUCACAGUGCUUCUGCGGAGACGCACCCAACACGGAGGCAUGGUAUGCGGAGGAUGGUGAAGGUGUGAUGGAGUUUGCACGUAUCUACCUGAGUCUGACACAGAAUCUUCCCACGCAUGUGUUUUGGCUGUGCGAGAGCGAUGCAUCCAUGGUCAACAUGGCCAGAGAACACAUCUCUACCUUCCUGGAGGUGUCGCCAUCACUGAUGAACGCUUCAUGGUUUUCUUAUCCUGAUCGUGUGAAGUACUUUUGGGGAAACAUUCCAGGCCGCAACCGUCCCAACACCAGUAAAGUGUUCAGUACCUGGAGAGCUGCACGGACAGAUUCCUUUACCCUGCCUGAAAUGUUGUCAAGCAGAGAUUCUGGGCCUGAUGGGGUGACAAGACAGACAGUUAAAUAUGUGGACGACGUGGAGAAUCUGGAAAGACAACUGGGAUUUCCAAAAGGCUACACCAAAGUUCCACAACUCUCGCGGUCCAAGAGAAUUGCUUUGCUGGAAAAAGCUGCUAGUGUUCCGUUGUUAACUCAUAUGUUGUCUCCCUUGAGAGAGUUCUUCAAACUGAAGGAAUAAAGCUAUUAGUGUGAUAAAAAUGUGCAGCUAGUCAAGAGCAUGUAACGUGCUCUUCAUCAUGAAGAAUAGUCCCCGUCAAGUCAUUUACACAGUUUAAUAUAUUCUGUAUCUACUAUGAGAGAUUAGUCCAGAAAUGUGUAUUUUAAAGAUUUGCAAGUAGGAUGUCCUCCUACAUCUUUAUUUACGAUAUUUUAGGUCAGGUAUCGUUUUUCUGUUUUCUGUUACGGUUUAAAACCACGUUUCACGUGUUCAUGGUAACUUUAAUGUGUUUAGUAUUUUCGCUAUGAAACCUUUGAAGGAGACUUGUGCCUUGAUGUCUUUUAAGCUCUCAAAGAUUUAUAAUAAUCAUCAUGGGUGAAGAUUUUUGUCUUUCGUUUUGUUCUCUAACUUUUUUGAGUGGUUUAACGAGAUGAUUUUAUACUGGUUUUGUUGAACCUUUUUGUGUUUGAAAUUUUUAUAUAAACGGGUUACAGCUUUAAAGCAUCGUUUUACAUUUUUAUAUCAUUGCUGUUGAUAUACAUUAUUGAAAAUAAUAAUCAAAAAAAACGUUGGGUUCAUUUUUAAUAGUGUUUAUACUAUUGUGAAAGGUCCGGCAUUGAUACGUGGAAUUGCAAGCUUUUGUGGGUUGAUGGAAGCUGGAAUUAUAUUCUCUGAUCAUUGGAAUGGAGAGAUGGCAGAUUUGUUAAUGAAUGCGGUGAAAGGGAUAAGUGAAAGGUUCGUAAUAAUGCAUGAGCUUAAAGAUCAGUGUUGGCUGGCUUGUAAAAAGUGUUUUAUUGUCGAUAAAGUGUAUUCACUUAGCAUUGUGGACUUGGUAAUAAAAACUGUUUUUUCUUGUAUCAGGGAUACUAAAUUGUAUUCACUUUAGCAUUGUUUAUGGGCCAGGAAAAGCUCUUCUGUUAUACGCAAUGUGUAUUCACUUAGCUUUGUUAAUUGUUUUGUGAAAAGUGUUCUGUGAAGAGUAAACACAAGAGUAAAUGGAAAUGUAGAAUUUGUCAGCCGCCAAAGGUUUCACUGGUGGAGUGGAAGGUUGGCACGUGUUAACGGAUUCUUUCAGUUUGUUGACGUUUGGUACAGA